GCCGCUACGUUUUCCCCGUCAUCGACAACAGAUGUCCCUCUACAAUUUAUACGCCGCCUACGUCGUCCAAUGCAGAAAAUAAAGCGCGCGCACCCGCAAACACGCGCCGUCGUUCACGCGCACCCGCACGCACCAACACCGUAACGCACGUCAACACGUCGGGUCAACGUUUUUCGCGUUUUGUUUAUCUCUCCGAUAUUUUAUUAUACAUAAUAAUAUAUUUAUAUAUGUAAUAUUAUUACUAUUAUUAUUAUUAUUAUGUGUUUCUGACACGGUUUUAUCACCGCCGUAGACGAGACACGUCCGAGUCCAACGUCGUCACAGUCGCGCGCGCCCCCGACGGAUUUGGAUAUUGCGUUAUCUCGAGUCGUCCAUUAUUCAAGUUCAAGUUCGUAGUUCGUACAUGUUCUGGUGCAUCGAGUGACGUUCGGCGACAAACGGCGAGAAUCAGACGAUCAGUUGUUGUCGUGCUCGCGGAUCCUUUGACCACUGCGCGCCGCCGUCCGCUUUGUCAGCGAUUCGAACCGCAACAAGUGUAGUAAUGGCCGAUCAACAGCAAUAUUUCCUGAAAUGGAACGACUACCAGAGCAAUAUGGUGUCGUCCUUCAAACACCUGAGGAACGAGAAGAGCUUCACGGACGUGACACUUGCUUGCGAAGGACAAACGUGUAAGGCACACAAAAUGGUGUUAUCAGCCUGCAGCCCUUAUUUCAAAGCAUUGUUAGAGGAAAACCCGUCAAAACAUCCCAUCAUAAUACUUAAAGAUGUACCGUUCAGCCAUUUGCAGUCAAUACUUGAAUUUAUGUACGCAGGAGAAGUCAACAUAAGCCAGGAACAACUGCCAGCUUUUCUAAAGACUGCUGAUCGUUUGAAGGUCAAAGGUCUUGCAGAAGCUCCACAAACUAUUAAAAAAGAUUAGUAUCUACUCAACAUUGCUAUAAUUUUUAAUUACUUUAAUCUUUAUUAGCAUAUUAAUGAAGAGCCCAGAUUUGCAUUAUUUUUUCUUUCCUUUUUUUAAUGAAUUAUUAUUUUAUUUGUAUUUACCUAUAUAAUACAUUUGUCUAUACAUUUUACAACAGUACAAUUAAAAGCCAAAAAUAAAAAACAAAAAAAAUGAAAUAUUUUAAUAACAAUAUUUAUUUUAUAGGAAUAAACUCUUAAGUAUAGACAUUAUGUGUUAAUAUGUAGUUGCAAAAUGUAAUUUUUGUUUUUACUUUAAAAAAAAAUAUCAACGAGUUCUGUAAAUAUUAUACUUGUCUUGUACAUUUAUCAUGAAUUACAAUUAUUAUUAUAUUUUAUUUUAAUAGAGCAUAUUAGUCUAUGUUAAUAAUUGAAAAAAAAAUGUAUAAACCUUAAUUGGACAUUUUAUAACGAACACAAUAAAUUUAGGUAAAAUAUAUGUGGUUGACAUCUUUGUAA